AUGAAGCCCGGACGCCUACCCAAACAACAACACACGCUAGAUGGCCAAGAUGCCCCGAUUCUUAGUGUCCGCAAGCCCAACUAUUUCGUGUUACCUGGUGCAGCCUUGCUCCAUCUUGUCAGAAAUGACCGACGGAGGAGAGACAGUCUCACAGAAUGCAUUAGCCCUAGCGCGUGUUUGUGCGACAAAAACAUUCCAAAUCGCAUGCCGCGAACCCACUGGCAAAGCUCAACGUCGCAUAUCUCAAGCUGCCUCGUGAUUCGCUCGGUCUUCUUUCGCAGCCCAGAAAACUCCAGUUGUCUAACGUACCAUCGGCAUCAGGCGGGCAAAUCAGACACAUCUGCAAACCGUGGGGAAAGCCGGGUCUUCGGUAAGGGAACGUUUCCUCUCACUGUGAGGUGCUGA